CAGUUUUACGCUGACAGAUCAUAUCACUUGGCUCAGAUCAAAUAUCUGCUCAUGCUGAGAUGGAGGAGAUUUUGCCGCCACGCCAGCGUCAUUGAGAAGCUUUAUCCUCAUUACAAGGAUCAGGUGAGAUUUUUAAACAGCGAGUACGAGGACGCUGUUCAGAGAGCUCGCCGCCUGUCGGUGAGCAGAGAGACGAUCCUGACGGGACGAGGAAACCCUGCUCCCCUGCUCUCUCAGGACGACCUGCUCAUCUACCUCCGCUGGCUCGUGUGCCACCUGCACUCUGUUCACACCAUCCACAGCUUCCUCAGGGUGCUGCAUUAUGUACCAGCCUGUGAAAGGAAAGAAGAAGAAUUUCAGACAAGCGUCACGAAGGAGGAGGAAUCUUUACAUCAGGGGCAAGAUGCUGAGGGUGAGAGUCAAACCAGCAGUCGCCUGGAAAUCUACUGGUCAGUUUAGUUAAAAGAAAGAACCCCCCGAGAGGAGAAUAAGAGAUCUGCAACGGUCAUGAACAUCUGAAAAACAGAUAAUGAGACUAGAAAAGAUAAGGAAAAGCUCAACAAGUAUAGAGAAUCUAAGGCUUUUCUUCUGUGGACUGUGAAUAUUUCCACUACAUUCAACAGUAAUUUGUCCAUUAGAUUUAGUUUUUUCUUGAAUAUAGGAUUAUUUUCAGUAGAAGACCAAAACAUACUGAUUUACUGGUAAAAUAAUAAUAAUCACUCAACAUAACCAUAAUUUUUCGAAUAUAUCUGAAUUCCUGUCAAUUUGAAGCCGAUAAUUGGACCUUAUCGUGAGACCAUGUGAUCAGCUGCUCUUGUAAAACUCUUCUUGCAAAAUCAUGAUUAUUGACACAAAAUUUCAUAGAGAUUUGUGUUUUUCUGUGACUUUUGUUUGGCGAAAUCUUGAACACCGAAAAUGUUGACCGCACAUUGGCAUUAGGAAAAAGCGUUUCAGGCCAAACAGGAAACUUCCUCCCGCUCUCUGUUCACCUGGACGACUUUCUACCUGAGCUUCAGUCUUUAAUCGACUACUUCCACCUGUCGUGUGAUGCCCGACAACUCAGGACGGCUGCAGACGAGAUGGAGUUGUUCAGCACGGUAACGUUGCUUAAUGGACGACACAGCAUCACAUGCAUAAAUAACAAACCAGGUUUUUGUCCCUGCGUCACCACCAUGUGUUUAAAUGACAUGAGGUUGAUUGAUUCAGAUAAAUCAUGGCCCCUGUCUCCUAAGGUGUGGAGAGAGUUCAGGAGGAUCUUCAGUCGACAGGAGCAGAUGAAAACGUUUCCUCAGUACGACGGCACAGAGGUCAAAGGGAGUCAGUGGGGGAGGAAGAGUGCGAGCGCGGCUCUGAGGAAGGAGGCUAACUGGAUUCCUUUCAUUCAGGUGAAACCCCGUCGGGAUCCUUGGCGGCAGAAACUCGUCACAAAGCUGCAGGAGAAGAAAAGUGUGGACGAGCUGCUGAGGAUGCACUGCAGGUUUCUGCAGGUCCCAGAUCUGCUCCAAGUGUCAUCAGCUCUAAAAGACCACGCCGCUCACGUCUGUGACUCACACCUCACACCGAGCUCGUGCGUCUCACACAGCAGCAAAACAAAACGACAGAAAAUCUCAGAGACGUGGACGAGUGUUUACAAAGCUGCAGGUUUAACUCAGGCAUGUAUCAUCCGGUUUUCUGCUCAGAGAAACGAUGUCUUCAUUGUCCUCAGCGCUGUCGACUGAAUUAAAAGUGACGUUUGUCUCGUCAGGAAACACAGAGUCACUCGUCCACAUCCGGAGGCAGCGAGCAGAGGAGUUUAAAGGGUCAAAGGUCAACAAACGAAAGUCUGCAGCUGCUGAGUCUGGAUGACAGUUUGGAUGAAGGAGCCUCAGACCCCCUCGUUACUGGAGGUGCUUACCUGUCCCUGGUUUACCUGCGUCAUCUCAAACUCAGAGAGCUCCAGCGCGUCUCUCUCGGGAUGCUGAACUACCUGCGCUCCGUGGAGAGGACUCUGACCUUUGACCUGGCAGGUCUGCAGCUGGAGGAGGGAGAGCUGUGCAGCACAGCCGAGGAAACAGGCUGGAUGAACGCAGCCAGGGGAGGAGGAGGGGAGGCGGGAGGACUCGGCUCGCUCCAGUUCAACCACAACACUCCUGUCGACUACAAGGUUCGUUGCUCAGAGUUCAUGGAUUUUGCUGAGGUGGAGAAUCUUCAUGAUUUCUACAGCUGUGAGGAGCGUGUGGUCCACACUCAGGACCAGAGAGGGUUCUACAUCGUGUACGACGCCGCCCUGAAGGACCUGGAUGAGCUGGAGAAGGAGCUUCUUCUCGUCGGCUCUCACUUUAUCCAGAGAUACAAGACGGAGAAAAUGGGAAAAGCUGAGGAAGCUGACGUCCACUCCUGUGCCGGGACAGAUGUGGACCGAGUCGCAGUGCUGCUCGACUUGUGGACGUGUGAGACAGAGUUUUUAGAGAGCAAAGUGCAGCUCCUAAACUGUUACUGUGAGGCCUACCAGCACGCAGCAGGGGCCGAGGAGAGGUUUGCUCUGGCCCGAGUCGUCACUGACAUCAUGCACAGUCGACCGCAGCUGGACCUGAACCAGGACCACUUUGUUCAGGUCUACAGGGCCGAGACAGACUGUCUGAGAAGUCACCAGCAGCUCAUCAAAAAUGUCCUGGAUAAUCAGAUUGAAAAACAGCGACAGUACCUCCAACGCAUCUGGAGAGACGAUCGGCAAGGCUCCACUCAUGACUUUGGUCUUCCACUGAACUACGUUCCCAAACACAUGGUCUCCCUUGGAGGCAGCAGCCCUGCACUAAUGAACGUGUUCCUCCUGGAGGUUCACCCGUCCCUCUGCCUGGCCUCUGCGGUCUAUCAGGGUUUAGUCCAGGCUCACACGGAGCUCUGUCAGCUGCACCGAGCCACCAGCGUCUCCCACAAACUCCUCCUGCAGCAGAAGCUCCUGCAUCAGGCCCUGCAGAGCUGGAACCGCCUGGUUUCACCUGGAGCCUCCUACAGUUCUCAGAUACAGAAGGAUUUGUUCUCAGGUGUGUUUUUUGAGGACCCAGUUUUGGUGCAGAACGUGGGGCUGUCAUUGGUGAAGUCUGCAGAGGAGAAGGACACGAUGCAGGGAGAGAGAGAGAAACAGUCGUACGCAGUGGAAACUUUCUCCAAGCUGCUGGAGCUCGUCACCGUCCGACAUCGGCUGCUGGAGUCGGCCUCAGAGACGGCACAUCUGGCACAGUUGUACAGAAACGUGGCCUCGGAGCUCGGCUUCAGUGAGUUCCACCUGCAUCUGAGGCCGGUGCAGUUUGAGGUCGCUGAACAAAAAGACCAAACAGAGCAGAGGCCUAUUUUUAUCACGGCGGUGCUGGAGGAUGACUCGUCUGUGGACAGGUUCAGCCCCUCCCACCUGCCUCUGAGCAUCCAGGAGCUGGACGGGGACCAGGUCGGGAGGUUCAGCUUCAGCUCGGAGGAGGCGGUCAGUCAUCUCAUGAACACUCAGAGCAUUGAGAACCUCCAGGUGACUUUGGCCUGUCAGGUGACCCAGAAGAACGCCCUGAUAAGUGCUGUGAAAGUGGCGUGUCUCUGCUAUUGGGCAGAAAGUGUGACAUCAUCAGCGGAGAGUGAAAAAGUCCUUCAUUCUGAUAAAGAUGUAAAAUCCACAACAGGAUUGGACUCCAAACUCAAAAGCAGCUCUAACAAACUGCAGGAGAAGUCAAACAUGAAAACUCCCACCACCACCACCAGGGAGAGGCUGAUGGAGGCCUUCGUGUCCAUACAGCUGGAAAAAGUGGGUCUGCGUGACGAGAUGCUGAACUCGUAUCUGAAGAAGAAACGAGCCGUGGGGGGUCUCAUACAAACCCCGGAGGAAGCAGCAAAGAUCAAAAGGAGCCUCAUAAUCGAAUUUCUCAAGAGGUUCAGCCCACGGAUAUCUCAGUACUGUGUCAGAGCGCAGAUCGUUGAAUAUUACUACAGUUUAACUUCUCUAUUGGAUGACGUCCCCUCCGUCCGUCGGUCUCACUUCACAACGGAACAAACCAGCGCACCCAAAGUUAUUGUGGAUUCAGGGGUUGACCUUUCUCCUGACCCCAGCGGCACGUUUCAGAGUCGGCAGCAGCAGCAGCAGCAGCAGCAGCAGCAGUUGUUGUCUGCAGAUGGAAAAACUCUCCUGAACCUGUGGGUCAUCCCUCAUUUCUCUGAGGUGCUGCACAUGUUCAAAACGCUGGAGAUUUCGGCCUGUGCUGCUGCUCUUCAUCACACCCUGCUCAUAGUCUCAGCUCUUCAUGACAUCGUUUGUUACCUGGUGAGUUUCUCCAGACUCGGAAACACAGAAGACUCGUGGAGCCGGAGGAAGGUGCAAGAGGCUCCAGGCUCACGUCUUGUGGCCGACUGGGGCGGAGCUGAAGGCAUCGGAGCGGAGCUGCAGGAGAUCCAGCAUCAGGUCGACCGUCUGUCUGAUCCCAGCAGCCCCGAGUCAGUGGGUCGUCUGCUGCAGCUUCGCAGGCAGGUUCUCCUCCUGCAGUUUGAUACAGCGGUCAGACACCUCAUCAGGGAGGCGUUCCUCUCGGCUGGUGACAUGGCCUCUUACCAGAGUGUGAGCGACAACAUGAUGACUGCUCUUCCUCUGCUGAGUGACGGAAUCCAGACCGACGUGUUCAGCAUCACGCUGCCUGUUCCUCGACCUCUAGAGACCCGGGGCUGUCGGGCUCAGAGGAUGUUCUCCUGGAGAAGUUUCAUAGCCUGUCAUGGAUUGUUCCCUCUACAUGUGUGGGACCUACCACCCAUUGAAUACUGCAUGCAGCUGUGUCUCAGUGGUCUGAGGGACUGCAGCAGACUGCAGACCAACGCGGCGAUCCUCGGCGUGUCUCUGCUCAUGGAGGACGUCCUGAACAGCGGAGGAGUCGCAGAGCCCGUCCGUCUCCAUGGCAACAAAGAUGACCUUCUGCACGACGGAAAACCUAAUGAAGAGGACAAAAGCUGCUCUGAAGUGGAAGAGAAGAACUCCACUCCUCCUUGUCAGGAUCCGCUCCGAGUGCAGCGUGUGCUGAAAGGUUUCCUCCAGCUGACCAAGCAGCUUCAGGUCUUUAAGGAGAGCUGGGCUCGAAGACGUCUGGGUGCCGAGAUAUUCAGUUCACCCGCUUUAUAUCAGCAGUUUGUCAACCUCUACAGAGCUGAAAUCUUUUACCCCAGUAUGAAAGCUCUGGCUCGACAAAUGGGUAAAGAGCGUGAUUACGAGCUCCUCAUCUCUGGCAGCCGGGCUCUCCUGCCCCCUGCUGGAGCUUCAGAGACUGACGUGAAAACCUGGCAGCUUCACACCCUGCUGGAGAUCACCGAAUGUGACAUGAUCAGGGCCGUGCAGAGGAGGCUCCACAGGGAGCUGACCCUGGUGCUUUCAGAGCGGACCCGUCAGGACACAUGUCUCCCUACAGAGCUGUGGAAAAAAGCCUCACUGAAGCACAGCGUGACCCCCGAGCGGCCGGAGAUCGUGGAGGCCUUCGUGGAGCAGCUGAUGGAAGGAGCUGAGCAAGUGGACGGACAGCUGACGAUCUCUCAGGAUCAUCUCCGGCUGUGUUCCACUCACCUCGGCUCCUCUCUGAUGGAGCGAGAGCGCCGCAGCUUCCUGCUUUACUCACACUUCUAUGAGCAAAUUCUGCAGCAGCAGACUCAGCUGCUGCACCAGAAAGAACAAGAUUUAAAGAAUCUUAAAGACUCUCAGACGAGUAACAUUUACAAAGAGGUGUCGGUUUCAUGUCGCGGGAUGAUGCUGGAGAUCUCAGUUCUGCAGGCUCGAGUCGCUCACCUCCAAGAAGAGAAGCGUUCUCUGGAAGAACGACUCAGUCUGAAGUUUAAAGAGCGUUACGACCCUUUGGUCCGACAUCUCUUCUCUACCUGCCUCCAGCUGAAGGUCAGACUCGAUGAGCGUCGGUGGCAGGUGGAGCAGGAUGUGAGUGUGAUGGUGAACAGAAUCCGAGCGGAGGGAGUCGACAGAAUCAUCAAACUCAAAAAGAAAUGCGGCUGCACCACAGACAACGAUGGACUCGCCCACACACAGUUAAAGAAGGAAGAAGUCCACGAGCUGAGCCUGGAGAACAGUCAGCUGACGGCUCUGCUCUGUAAACUGACGGCUCUGAGUCGAUGGCGGCAGGUGGUCGAGCAGGGGAAACUUCACCGGCGGCUGCUUCAGACUCAGCAGAGUGAAAUCACCAGUCGCACCGAGGCGCUCAGGGUGAAGAUGGUUGCAGAGGAGGAGGUGAUUCUCCUGCAGGAGGAGCUGGACGCCGCCCGACAGAUGUUGACCAGCUGCCAGGCCGAGUGCAGCCGAACCAAGAGGCUGCUCAGCAGGAAGACGGAGGAGCUGCAGGAGGCCCGGCAUCAGUCUGCACAGGAGACUCACAGCAGACAGGAGCUGGAGACGUAUCGAGUGCAGAGGCUGGAGGAGAUGAGAGCUGAUGUGGAGGACAGAGACGGGCAGCUCAGAGAUCUCAGCCAGCAGCUGGACAGAGGAGGCAGGAUGAGCCAGAUACAGAGACACCGCAGCGCCAAAGAGAUCCGACAGGUGAAGGAGCAGCUUCACCAGGAGCGCUGCAUCAAACAAGAAGCUUUUCAGCAGGUGGAGAAGCUGAAACACCAGGUGAACGACAUGGGGGCGGCUUUCUCCAGGCGCACCUCUACAGCAGGGCAAAGCAGGACGUGCUUCACGCUGUCAGUCAGCAGAUUGAGCUCUAGAGGUCCCUCAGCAGGUCUGCACAGGGUCAGUCGGCAGCAGUCGGCCCUGCAGCUCGGCAGCUUCGCCAACCCUGCCGCGCUUCAGGACUCUGCCACCAGACACCAGAGAGCGGACACAGCCAGGAGUCGGUCGAACACAAGAAUAGACAGAGCCACAGCAGAUCCGUCUCGCCUGCGCGUCCUGACUGCAGACACGUUACUACCAGAGCUGUGAGACGCAGAACAUUCCCCCCCGGGGUAAUUUCAAGAAGCCAUGGAGUUGUUGAGCGAGUUUUUCCAGCUGUCUAAUAUGCAGA